AACCUUAUCACGAUCUAGUUUGUUUUUUCAUUAACCCCGAAAAAAUAGACUCAAAGAUGCGAGGGAGUGGCAGAGUGGUGAAAAAGUGAAAGUCAAGGACGGUUUCCGAACCGACAACAUUUCAUAUAAAUACGAACCCCAACCUCAUCGCUUGGCGGGAUUAAAAUUCAGUCAUUUUCACCACAAGAGAGAAAGAGAGCGCAAUGGGAAACCGGAGGUUCGCGCAGAUCUCGACGAGCGACGAGGACGAAGAGGCGCCGCGGAGGCCAUCGGAGGAGAGCCCGCCGAGGCGGAAGAGGCUCAAGCGUAUCAAGCUUCCCGAAGAUGAAGUCGAGCCCAAACAGGAACCACCACAACAAACUAGGAGUAAGAACAACAAGAGUAACAAGAAGGAGAAGGAGAAGGAACCUUCACAGAGCAGUAGCGAGGAAGAGCCACCGCAAGAGGAUGCGAAGGCGAUCGGCGAUUCCAUUAGGCUUUCCGGGAAAGGAAGAGGGAGGAGGAGCCACUACGAAGCGUUUGAAUUCGACGGCAACAGAUACGACCUGGAAGAUCCUGUACUUCUAGUUCCUGAGGAAAAGGAACAGAAGCCGUACGUGGCAAUUAUUAAGGAUAUUGCUCAGACCAAAGAUGGGAGCAUUAUGGUGACUGGGCAGUGGUUUUAUCGCCCUGAAGAGGCAGAGAGAAAAGGGGGUGGAAACUGGCAAUCACGUGAUACGAGAGAGUUGUUUUACAGUUUUCACCGCGAUGAGGUCCCAGCCGAAUCUGUAAUGCACAAGUGUGUGGUACAUUUUGUUCCCAUACACAAGCAGCUUCCAAGUCGUAAACAGCAUCCUGGUUUUAUUGUGCAAAAAGUAUAUGACACUGUUGAACGAAAACUGUGGAAGCUAACUGAUAAAGACUAUGAAGAUAAUAAACAGCACGAGAUCGAUCUUCUUGUUCAAAAAACUAUGUCACGCUUGGGGGAUCUUCCUGACAUUGAAACUGAUGAUGCUGCUGCUGCUGCUGUUGCUGGCGCUGGUGCUGUUGCUGGUGCUGGUGCUGGUGCUGGGGCUGGCGCUGGCGCUGGUGCUGGUGCUGGUGCUGGUGCUGCCGCUGCCACUGCCCCUGUUGAUCAGGAAGAUCAGCUAAAGGCUAAACGAUCCUUGAGGAGAAAGAACAUUUCACCUCUUGAUGUUUCAAGGGAUGAAGAAGCAACAAGGCCUGAUCAACAUCUAAGAGCUGAAACUCCUGGAAGCGGUCCAACUACUGGCUCAGUACAUUACUCUAUUUUAGCCAAUUUCAAGGCAUUGAUUGGAGAUAACUAUCGUGAUAGAUGGCUGGAGAGGCUUCUUAUAGGAAUUCAAUACAUGUGCAAUUCUGUUGACAGCAUGCAUGGAGAUGACAAAGAAAAAGGUUGUCGUGAUGGCAUUGGCCAACUAAAUGAGAAUAAGUGUCAAGAAACUGCCAAUGGAACUCAAGUCAAGAGUGCAAAGAGUGGCAAGUCUUUUCGUUGGCCGGAUGCUGCUGUUCCGGCUGUAGCUGCUCUUGAGAAGGCUGCACAUGAAACUCUUUCCUCAGAUUUUCAAAAGUAUAAUCAAAAGUUGCGACAGCUGGUCUUUAAUCUCAAGAACAAUGAGGUACUGGCUCGACGUCUACUAAAUGGAGAUCUGGAACCUUCAAAAAUAUUGAACAUGUCACCAAGUGAGUUAAAGGAGGGUUUAACAGCUGAGGAAACAGCAACAAAGGAGCCUGAUGAGUCAGAACGCAUGCAGAUGACUGAUGCUCGUUGCUCGAGAUGCAGUGAAUUUAAGGUUGGUGUGAGAGACAUCAUCCAAGCAGGACAUGGAGACCGCUAUCAGUUGGAGUGCAUUGCAUGUGGUCAUUCCUGGUAUGCUUCUAGGGAUGAGGCAUCCAUGCUGACAAUAGAUGCACCAAAUACCUCCAAAGCCGUUGGCACAGCACCAUGGGCCACUGCCAAAUUUGAAGAUGUAGAGAAGAAGCUAGUGAGUCCCCGAGAACCUGACAAGGCAGCCAUUGAUGUUUUCAAGAAAACGAGUGAAGCAUACAUGCCUGUCCUGGAUGCCCAGAAAUCAUUUGGCAGGCCCAAAAAGGAAGAAAAAUCUGAAUCUGCUAGAAAUGCUGAGUGAAAAUCUGCGGGCCGUUGCAUUUUUGGGUCACUGACUUUUGGUGUCUUAGUUGUUUGGAGGAUCUGCCCUCUUUGUACAGUUCACUUAGGUGGUUUUAAUGCUUACCGAGCUGGGGGUUUCUUUGUGUAUAGCCUCAAGCGAAUAGAAUCAUAGAAGUAGUUAAUCUCAUGCAUCUCUCCACUGUACGGAGGGGAGGUAGGGUUAGGAUAGCGUUGGUUUUCAUGUUAAAUAUCAAAAUUCACUACUAUUAGUAUUUUCUUAGACCUCUUAUGUAUUUAUUUUAUUCACAAUUUCCUGUUAUAGGUAGUACAACAGCAGACCACCUUCUUUCUUCUUC